UGCGCGGGACUUUCGUCACAACGCUGCCUCUGAAACACACCCCGGGAGAAGAUCGCCGACUUAAGCUUAAACGAAAACGGACGACCCUGAGUCCAGAUGAAACAAAGAGGCGAAAUAUGGAACAAAGUGCACCGAGGAAUGUUCCGCAGAAACUACUCUAGACGAUGAAGAAAAACAGAGAAAGAUUCUACAACAGAGAAAGGGAAUUUGUGUAUAAAUUUAAAGUAGGUCACCAGUGCUUAGAACUGAGGGUUCCCCUCCAAUUUCCCGUCGAAGAGAAUGCCAGCCACUUACAUGGUCGUCUGAUGCAACUGCACAACUUACCCUGCUUUAUAGAAAAAGACUUGAAAGCAGCUCUGAGCCAGUUCAUAGAAGAAGAAUCUCUCAAGGACUACGAUGAUGCUGCUGAAGCCUCCCUAGAAGCUGUGAAGUCUGGGGAAGUCGAUUUACACCAGCUGGCAAGCUCAUGGGCCAAAGCUUAUGCUGAGACCACAUUAGAGCACGCGAGGCCCGAGGAGCCCAGCUGGGAUGAAGACUUCGCAGAUGUGUACCAUGACCUCAUCCAUUCCCCCGCCUCGGAAACGCUCCUCAAUUUGGAGCAUAAUUACUUUGUCAGUAUCUCCGAACUGAUUGGGGAAAGAGACGUGGAGCUGAAAAAAUUGCGAGAGAGGCAGGGUAUCGAAAUGGAAAAAGUGAUGCAGGAGUUGGGUAAAUCUCUGACAGAUCAAGAUGUCAACUCCUUGGCGGCCCAGCAUUUCGAGUCCCAGCAAGUCUUAGAAAACAAGUGGUCUAAUGAGUUAAAGCAGUCGACUGCCAUCCAGAAGCAAGAGUAUCAGGAGUGGGUGAUAAAGCUUCAUCAGGACCUGAAAAACCCCAACAACAGCUCCCUGAGUGAGGAAAUUAAAGUCCAGCCAAAUCAGUUCCGAGAAUCCGCAGAAGCGAAUGGAAGGAUUUAUGAGGAACAGAGAAAGUUGGAAGAAAGUUUCACUAUUCAUUUAGGGGCCCAGCUGAAGACCAUGCAUAACCUGAGGCUGCUGAGAGCAGACAUGCUGGACUUCUGUAAGCACAAACGGAAUCACCGCAGCGGCGUGAAGCUGCACCGGCUGCAGACCGCCCUGUCGCUGUACUCCACCUCGCUCUGCGGCCUGGUGUUGCUGGUGGACAACCGCAUCAACUCCUACAGUGGCAUUAAGAGAGAUUUCGCCACCGUUUGCCAAGAGUGCACAGACUUCCACUUCCCCCGCAUCGGAGAGCAGCUGGAGGUGGUCCAGCAGGUGGUUCUUUAUGCAAGAACUCAGCGCAGGAGCAGGCUGAAAGACUCUCACGAUUCUGGAAACCGGAACGGAGGCAAUGACGAUAAGACUAAAAAUGCCGAGAGAAACUAUUUAAACAUUUUACCUGGAGAGUUUUACAUCACGCGGCAUUCGAAUCUCUCAGAGAUCCACGUCGCGUUUCAUCUCUGUGUGGACGACAACGUGAAGUCGGGAAACAUCACUGCUCGCGACCCGGCCAUCAUGGGCCUCCGAAAUAUACUCAAGACCUGCUGCAGCCACGACAUCACCACAAUCAGCAUCCCACUGCUGCUGGUGCACGACAUGUCAGAGGAAAUGACAAUACCGUGGUGCUUGCGGCGAGCCGAGCUGGUGUUUAAGUGUGUCAAAGGCUUCAUGAUGGAGAUGGCUUCCUGGGACGGCGGCGUUUCCAGGACAGUGCAGUUCCUGGUCCCACAGAGUAUUUCGGAAGAAAUGUUCUACCAGCUCAGCAACAUGCUCCCCCAGAUCUUCCGCGUCUCCUCGACCCUCACCCUGACUUCCAAGCACUGACCCUUCCCAGAAGAUCACUCGACGCUCCAGGCACGCGCCCCAUGGCUGGAUUCUGCCGGGCAGGAGAUGCCCAGGAGGGGAACUCGCAACCCAGGUCACCGAUCCAACCAGGACGUGUGUCCGUGAGAUGGUCCAUAAAUCCCCGUGCUGGGCAGCCCAGGGAUGAAGCCCCAAUCAUGCUUUUUUUUUUUUCUAAAGUUUCUACACAGAAAGUUUCUCUUUUCCACUGCUGCCACGUGCUUUUCGUGAAUACGAAUGAAGACUUCUUCUGGAUCAUACAUGCACAUGAUGUAGGUGUUUACCCACUAAUAUUUUCAUGGAGACAUUUUCCUUUCCAGAACAUUUGCAUCGUAACAGGUGCAGGGGCUUUGUUAAGUAAAAUCCAUCUGUUUGUCAAGUGAAUUUUACUUUUUUUUUUUUUUGCAGGGGGAUGGGGUGGGGGGGUGUUGUUUUGUUUUGCUUUGUUUUAUGGUUUUUGUUUGGGGUCCACCCCUGACAAUGCUCAGGGUUUACUCCUGGCUCUGCACUCAGGAAUAACUCCUGGCAAUCUCGGGGGACCAUAUGGGAUGCCGGGGAUCGGACCUGGAUCGGCCACGUGCAAGGCAAACACCCUCCUGCUGUCCUAUCCAAAGGCUCAAAAGCACCCAGAUAUACUCAAGUACGGAUUCCUUGUGAAAAUCUUUUUUUAUGGAAAUAAAAGCAUUUGAUCCCAA